CUGCCCCCGAUGGGGCCCCCCCAGACCCCCCCUCCCGCCUGUGGGGCAGGGCGUCUCCCUGGCAGCCGGAGGGAGGAGGCCGGGCCGGGCUGUCCCGGGACCCGCUCCAAGCUCCCCCCACAACUUCCCCUUCCCGGCCCAGCGCCGCCGGGACCCACCCAGCCGCGCACCCCCGGGCCGUGGGGCCGGGCGGGGACACCCCUGGCUCCUCUCCGGGCACAGGCUGGCACCAUGCAGACCCUGGCUGGCCCCUUCGCGGGGGGCACCUCGCUGGACGCCUCGGACCUGCAGGUGGACGGGGACGAAGUGGAGGGGCUGCGGGAGGGCGAGGAGGCAGGGGGGCCGCUCUACCCCUUCCUGGUGGUCUAUGACCUGAAGCCGCUCAAGUCGCAGGGGCCGGUGUUUGCCAAGGGGGUGCCCGUCACCGCCCGGGUGGAGGGCACCGAGCGGUACACCACCGGCUCCAAGAUCCGGCCCAGCACGCUGUACUCCCUGCGGCUGACCCACGGGGAUUUCACCUGGACCAUGAAGAAGAAGUUCAAGCACUUCCAGGAGCUGCACCGCGACCUGAUGAGACACAAGAUCUUCAUGAGCUUCCUGCCCCUCUCCAGGUUUGCUGUCCAUGGGUCGCGCGCAGAGGCCACCUCUCUGGAGAUGCCCGCCCUGCCCCAUGCGGGUGAUGGCACUUCCAGACGCCCCUCCAGCAAACAGCAUUCUCUGCCCUGCCUCUGUGCCUCAGUUUCCCCACCCCUGCUUGCUCUGAGCAGCUGUCCCCCGCAGGCGGAGUUCCUGGAUGUCAGCCAGCUCUCCUUCAUCCCCGACCUGGGACCCAAGGGCCUGGAGGGCAUGAUCCUGAAACGCUCCGGCGGGCACCGAAUCCAGGGGCUCAACUGCUGUGGGCGCCACCAGAUCUGCUACCGCUGGUCGAAGAGGUGGCUGGUGGUGAAGGAUUCCUUCCUGCUGUACCUCAAGCCGGAGUCGGGGGUCGUCUCCUUCGUGCUGCUCUUCGACCCGGGAUUCAGCGUCACGGUGGGGAAGAAAUCCACCGACAGCAAGUACGGGGUCCGCAUCGAGAACAGCGCCAGGUCGCUGAUUCUGAAGUGCAGCAGCUACCGGCAGGCGCGCUGGUGGGGGCAGGAGAUCAUGGACCUGGCCGCGGAGCAGGGGAAGGGUUUCCUGCAGCUGCAUCGGCACCAGGCCUUCGCGCCCGUCCGCGAGGGCACCCCCGCCCGCUGGUUCGUGAACGGCGCCGGGUACUUUGCGGCUGUGGCCGACGCUCUGAUGCAAGCGAAGGAAGAAAUUUAUAUCACUGACUGGUGGCUGAGCCCCGAGCUGCACCUGAAGCGCCCGGCGCAGACGGACGACUGGCGCCUGGACAUCCUGCUAAAGCACAAGGCGGAGGAGGGCGUGCGGGUCUGCGUGCUGCUCUUCAAGGAGGUGGAGCUGGCCCUGGGCAUCAACAGCGGCUACAGCAAGCGGGCGCUCAUGCUGCUGCACCCCAACAUCAAGGUGAUGCGCCACCCCGACCACGUCUCCUCCGUCGUGUUCCUGUGGGCUCACCACGAGAAGCUGGUGGUGGUGGACCAGAGCGUGGCCUUUCUCGGGGGGCUGGACCUGGCCUACGGGCGCUGGGACGACCACCGCUACCGGCUCACCGACCUGCCCCCCCACACCAAGAGUGGGGCCCUCCUUGGGGACGAGCCGCCCGGCGACCUGGCUGCCAACCAGCAACUCUGGCUGGGCAAAGACUACAGCAACCUCAUCACCAAGGACUGGGUGCAGCUCGACCGGCCCUUCGAAGAUUUCAUCGACAGGACGCGGAUGCCCCGGAUGCCCUGGCGGGACGUGGGGGUGGCCGUGCACGGCAGAGCUGCCCGCGACGUCGCCCGGCACUUCAUCCAGCGCUGGAAUUUCACCAAGACGGUGAAGAACAAGUACCGGGGCCCGGAGUACCCCUGCCUGCUCCCCAAGUCGCUCGGCGCUGCCCACCGCCUGCCCGGCACCCUCGCCGGCGCCCAGCUCGCCGACGUGCAGGUGCUGCGCUCGGUGGAUCGCUGGUCGGCCGGGACCCACGAGUGCUCCAUCUACAACGCCUACCUGAGCGUGAUCGAGAGUAGCCAGCACUAUGUCUACAUCGAGAACCAGUUCUUCAUCAGCUGCGCGGACGGGCGGGCCGUGCUCAACACGGUGGGGGACGCCAUCGUCGACCGCAUCCUGCGCGCCCACAGAGACAAGACGCGGUUCCGGGUCUUCGUGCUGCUGCCCCUGCUGCCCGGCUUUGAGGGGGACAUCGCCGAGGGGGGGGGGAACUCCAUCCAGGCCAUCCUGCACUUCACCUACCGGACGCUCUGCCGGGGCGACUCCUCCAUCCUGUGCCGCCUGAAAGCCGCCAUCGGGGACGAGUGGAAGAACUACAUCUCCGUCUGCGGGCUGCGCACCCACGGGGAGCUGGGCGGCUCCCUGCUCACCGAGCUGGUCUACAUCCACAGCAAGCUGCUGAUCGCCGACGACCGCCGGGUGCUCAUCGGCUCUGCCAACAUCAACGACCGCAGCCUGCUGGGCCGGCGGGACAGCGAGCUGGCCGUGCUGGUGGAGGACACGGAGCUGGUCCCGUCGGUCAUGGACGGGCAGCCGUACCAGGCGGGGAAAUUCGCACUCAGCCUGCGCCUCGACUGCUUCAGGUCGCUUCUGGGGGGGUCGGGCGCCUCCAGCCUCGACGUCCAGGAUCCCGUCAGCGACGACUUCUUCCACGGGGUCUGGAAAGCCACCGCCCUGGCCAACGCCAACAUCUACGAUCAGGUGUUCCGCUGCCUCCCCAGCAACGCGGUGCGGUCGCUCCGGGCUCUGCGGGGCUACGCCGGGGUGCAGAACCUGGCCGGCGUCAGCCCGGACCUGGCCCGCCAACACCUGGCCCAGGUGCGGGGCCACCUGGUGCAGUUCCCCCUGCAGUUCCUGGCUGAGGAGUCCCUGCUGCCCCCGCUCAACAGCAAGGAGGGCAUGAUCCCCGUGGAGGUGUGGACCUAGACGCCCGUGGGGCUGGGCCCUCUCCCUGCCCGGGGCACCCCCCGGCGGCGACCAGAGACCCCCCUGCGGCCGGCGAGGGGGGCUGGGACCAAUUCUCUCCCGCCCGGGGUACUGCUGAACCCCUUCACCGCUCAGCCCCUCGCCCUGCCCGGGGCCCCCCCCGGCGGCGACCAGAGACCCCCUGCGGCCGGCGAGGGGGGCUGGGACCAAUUCUCUGCCCACCCGGGGUACUGCUGAACCCCUUCACCGCUCAGCCCCUCGCCCUGCCGGGGCGUCCCCCGGCGGCGACCAG